CUGUGGAACAACUACUUUCAUUUGGCUGUGGCUUUUAUUACCCAAGAUUCACUACAGCUAGAAAACUUUUCCCACGCAAAGUACAGCAAAAUCCAGAACAAAUAUGGAGAUAUGAGAUGUUUAAUUGGCUUUGCUAUCCGUGACAUGUGGUACAAACUUGGCCACAAUAAAAUUUGCUUUAUUCCGGGGAUGGUUGGCCCCAUCUUGGAAAUGACUCUUAUUCCAGAAGUUGAACUACAAAAAGCCACAAUCCCAAUUUUCUUUGACAUGAUGCUGUGUGAAUAUCAAAGGACAGGAGAAUUCAAGAAGUUUGAAAAUGAAAUCAUUCUGAAGUUGGACCAUGAGGUGGAAGGAGGACGAGGGGAUGAACACUAUAUGCAGCUGUUUGAGUCCAUCCUUACAGAGUGUGCAGGUCAGCAUCCCAGCAUCUGCCACCUGGUGGGAAGGUUUGUUUGCCUAGUUAAAGGCCUCUUGGAGAAGCUACUGGAUUAUCGGACUGUGAUGAAUGAUGAGAACAAGGACAACCGCAUGAGCUGCACUGUGAACUUACUGAAUUUCUACAAGAACAUUAACCGUGAAGAGAUGUAUAUCAGGUAUUUGUAUAAGCUGCGAGACCUUCAUCUAGAUUGUGAGAAUUACACAGAAGCAGCAUAUACCCUUCUGCUCCACACCUGGCUCUUGAAGUGGUCCGAUGAGCAGUGUGCACCCCAAGUCAUGUCAACAGAGUUCCAGUGUUCACAGACCUAUCGCCAAUUGAAAGAGAAUUUGUAUGAGAAGAUCAUAGACUACUUUGACAAAGGAAAGAUGUGGGAAGAAGCCAUAGCUUUGUGCAAAGAACUUGCAGAGCAAUAUGAAAAGGAAGUUUUUGACUAUGAACUUCUAAGUCAAAACCUGAUUCAACAAGCAAAGUUCUAUGAAAACAUCAUGAAAAUUCUGAGACCUAAGCCGGACUAUUUUGCUGUUGGGUAUUAUGGCCAAGGAUUCCCCACAUUUCUAAGGAACAAAGUAUUCAUCUAUCGUGGGAAGGAAUAUGAGAGGAGAGAGGAUUUCCAGGCACAGCUGAUGAGUCAAUUUCCUAGUGCUGAGAAGAUGAAUACCACCUCAGCUCCUGGAGAGGAGGUGAAAAGCUCUCCUGGUCAAUAUAUCCAGUGUUUUACAGUGCAACCAGUCCUUGAGGAGCAACCCAGAUUCAAAAAUAAGGCAGUACCUGAUCAAAUUAUAAAUUUUUACAAGUCCAACAACGUGCACCUGUUCCACUACUCAAGACCAGUCAGAAAAGGAUCUGUUGAUCCUGAAAAUGAAUUUGCUUCUAUGUGGAUUGAGAGAACAUCAUUUGUUACAGCAUACAAACUUCCUGGGAUUUUACGAUGGUUUGAGGUUGUCGCCAUGUCACAGACUACAAUUAGUCCUUUAGAGAAUGCCAUUGAGACUAUGUCCACGACAAAUGAAAAGAUUCUGAUGAUGAUUAAUCAAUACCAGAGUGAUGAGAACCUGCCCAUUAAUCCACUUUCUAUGCUUCUGAAUGGAAUUGUUGAUCCAGCGGUUAUGGGUGGCUUUGCUAAAUAUGAGAGGGCUUUCUUUACAGAUGAAUAUAGCAGAGAUCAUCCCCAGGAUCUGGAAAAGCUGAAUAGACUCAAAGAUCUAAUUGCUUGGCAGAUACCUUUCCUUGGGGCUGGAAUUAAAAUUCAUGAAAGAAGAGUUUCUGAUAAUCUUCGUCCUUUCCAUGACCGUAUGGAGGAAUGUUUCAAGCAUUUAAAAGUUAAAGUGGAAAAGCAAUAUGGAGCCAGAGAAUUGCCAGAUUUUGAUGACAAGAGAGUAGGACGGCCGAGGUCAAUGCUGAGAUCCUAUCGCCAGUUGUCAGUUAUUUCGCUGUCUUCCAUGAAUUCAGACUGCAGUACUCCAAACAAAACCACUUCAGAAAGCUUUGAUCUGGAAGUAGUGCUACCAAAGCAAGGAAAAGCAGAAUCAGAGGAGACUGCUCUGCAAAUUAAUCCUCACCCUGAAGUCAAGAGGAGAAAGUCCAAAAAAAGAACAAAGAGAAGCAGUGUGGUGUUUGCUGAUGAGAAGACAGUGCCUGAUAUCUCUAUCUCUGACAUGAAAUGUGUGUUGAGGAAAUAUGAGUUCAUGAGUGACACCAACCUCUCAGAACAUGCAGUGGCACCUCAGAAAACAUCUGUCCUCAAGCAGAUGAGUUUUGUCAGUCGUUCUAUGCCAGCCAUCCCAGGAUUAACUCUGUCCAUUGGCCCUGUGGCACCUGGUGAAACAAUUGCAUCACACAGGUUGAGUCAGCCAGUGUUUCCUUCCACCUCAGAUGGUGACAAGAAAACCUUCAAAAAAAAGAAAGUGAACCAACUGUUUAAAACAAUGCGCAUUUCCAAAGUUCUAGAAGAUGGAAAGCAGUCUGUGGAGCAUCAUUUCAAACCUUCAUCUACAGAUCUGUGA